GCCGCGUGGGCACUGCGCAUGCGAAUCCCCGCCGCGGGGGUGGGUGUGUCGGGGGGGGGGGAGCAGGGACCCCGCCCCUUCGCGGCUCCUCGCGUGACGUCGUGGGGGGCGCCGGCCUCCGCCCUGCUCCGAACGGCUCUCCGUGGAGGCCCAGACCCCUCUGCUCCCCAUGGGCAGCUGCCAGGCAGGACACAACCUGCAUCUCUGUCUGGCCCAUCACCCACCUCUGGUCUGUGCCACUUUGAUCCUGCUGCUGCUUGGCCUUUCUGGCCUGGGCCUUGGUGGCUUCCUCCUCACCCACAGGACUGGCCUGCGUAGCCCUGACAUCCCUCAGGACUGGGUCUCUUUCUUGAGAUCUUUUGGCCAGGUGACCCUGUGCCCCGUGAAUGAGACAGUCACAGGGAAGUGGCGUGGGUCUCAUAUCGUGGGCUUGCUGACCACCUUGAACUUCGGAGAUGAUCCAGACAAGAACAAAACCCAGGCCUUCCAAGCCACGGUCCCUGGUAGUCAGAUGGGAUUGAAAGGGUCUUCUGCAGGAGAGCUAGUCCUCAUUACAGCCAGGGUGACCACAGAAAGGACACCAGGAACCUGCCUGUAUUUUAGUGCUGCUCCAGGAAUCCUGCCCUCCAGCCAGCCACCCAUAUCCUGCUUGGAGGAGGGAGCAGGAAAUGCCACCCUGAGCCCUAGGAUGGCUGAAGAGUGUGUCAGGGUCUGGAGCCACGAAGGCCUUGUACUCACCAAGCUGCUCACCUCGGAGGAGCUGGCUCUGUGUGGCUCCAGGCUGCUGGUUUUGGGCUCAUUCCUGCUUCUCUUCUGUGGCCUUCUCUGCUGUCUCACUGCUAUGUGCUUCCAUCCCCGCCGGGAGUCCCACUGGUCUAGAACCCGGCUCUGAGGGCACUGGCAUAGUUCCUGUCUUGUUCUCAGGUGUGAAUCAACUUCUUGGGCCUUGGUCCUGAGUUGGAAGAGAUGUUACAAAAAGUGGAAAGCUGGAAUGUGGUGGAAAAUAAAAGGCUUUUUUGCCCAA